UCACAAAAUUUUCGUUAUUAAGGCUACGGCAAAGCACUUUUCCAAUAGUUAUACUCCGUACAGAGAUCGGUUUAGACGUGGCGCGCGCACAUUGUAUUCUUUAAAGCUCUCUUAGUCAAGUUAAGUGAAAAUUGUUGAGUGUAAAAAGCAUAAACUUACAAAAGUAAGAUGUCAGCGACAACAGAAGUGUGUACAAAUGAUCCUGCGGAAACCAUUAAACGCGCAACGGAAACUACUAACAAUGGUUCUGCAGCCAAAGACGCACCUAAUGCUGGGGGUCUAGUCCCCGAAUGGCUGAAAGCGGAACUAUUUGUAGAUCUGCUGCAGAAAAACGUACCAAAUUUUAAGAGCAUUAAAAAUUUCACUGUCACAGUGCCGGAAGGCGCUGGCGAAAAUUACGGCACACUCUUGGUUUCGGUGAAUUUAGACGCAGAGCUUGAAGAUUGCAAAAUGCAAAAUUUCUCAUAUGUGAUGAAAGUGUCCAUCGACUCGGUGCGGGAAUUAUUGGCGUAUAGUCAUAAUAUAUUUGAAACAGAAAGUGUCAUGUAUAAAGAUGUGUUACCGGAAAUGGAGCAAAUGUAUAGAGAUGCGGGUAUUGACGUAAAAUUCGGAACAAAAUAUUACGACAUAAAAACGCCAUUCAAAUUCGGUGUUACACUCAUGGAGGAUUUACGUCCGCAUGGUUUCAAAAAUGCCAACCGUCUUGAGGGUUUCGAUAUGGAACACACCAAGGCCGUAUUGAAAAAGUUGGCACAAUGGCACGCCGCUUCAGCGGUGCGUGUUGAAACCAAAGGACCAUAUCCGAAUGUAGUUAAUGAUGGAGUGUUUAACGAGGCCGUGUUAGCAAUGAUGGAAAUGAUGGGUGAAUUAACGAUGCCAAUAUAUAUGGAAUGUGUUCGUACGUAUGAGGGCCAUGAAGAGUACUACGAUAGUUUGCAACGAAGCCAUGAGCGUUUUGCCGAUGAAUUGCGUCCGCUGCUGACAAUCGAUCCAAAUGAGUUCAAUGUUUUAAAUCAUGGUGACUUUUGGAUCAACAAUGUUAUGUUCCAAUAUGAUGACGCGGGUACACUUAAGGAAACUUACUUCGUUGACUUUCAGAUGACGCGUUAUGGUCCACCGAUUAAUGAUCUAUAUAGUUUCCUGCUAUUGUCACCGAGCCUGGAUAUGAAACUAAAGCAUUUCGAUUACUUUAUUAAAUACUAUCAUGAUAAUUUGAUUGAGUACUUGAAAUUACUGAAAUAUUCCAAAAAAUUACCCACCCUGAAAGAAAUCCAUCUAGCCAUGCUCAAAUAUGGCAGUUUCGGUGUGAACACAGUUAUUACUCUAUUGCCCCUCGUGCUGCUCGAGGCAAAUGAGACAGCUAGUAUAGCCAAUAUAAUCGGCGAUUCAGAAGAGAGCAGAGCGCUUAAAAAGGCGAUGUAUACAAAUUCACGUUAUCGGGAACACGUUGAGGUCCUGUUUCCUUGGCUUUAUCAUCGUGGCGCGUUUUAGUGACUAAGCUACAAUAAUUCGAUCCUAAUAGAAAUUUAUGUAAUCUGUAUUCACAGAUCUAUAGCAUAUAUUUAAUUUUAAUUGACUUAAAUGUAUUCGUACUAGAAGAAAAAUUGUUUGGUCUAACUGAUUUCCUAAAUUGAAAUUUAUUUUGGUCUAAUGAAGAGAGCUAA